AUGGAGCUUCACAACUUACCAAUCGAGAUACUUACAAGGGUUCCCCCAAUAGAGAGUUAUUUGACCUACUUUCCCCGAAAGACGAUUAUUAGCUGGCUUAACUUGUUCUCACAACGACAACUGUUUUGUUUAUUGGCCUCAAGGGGUGUUGGAAUAUAUCGUCGAAAUAAAGGGGCACUUUAUGUUAUGAAAGCGCCGGGACACUAUUUGUUGGUGACUACUGAGACCGGAAGAUUAACAUUGGCUGAAAAAACAGAGUUAGACAAUGUUUUCAGGGGUGUAACUUUUAUUAACUUUGGACCACCGGUUGGAAAUAGGUACUUUAAAAAGUACUUGAUAUUUGAAUUUCGAUGUGUGGGGAACCUUGUUUUGGAAAACAUUGCCCUUUUUCUAUUCUUGCAUAUAUGGAGUGGUGACAAAUGUGCCAUUAAUCGUACAUGUAUUCCUUUUAUGGCUUACAUGUGGAACUCUGUAAUUCCCAAACAUCUCAAGGUUUCAUACCUUACCCUGUUGGAAGCUGACAAAGAUUUCUUAUACUUGUUUUUUAACUCAAUACUAAGAAGCAAUUCUGCUCUUGAGAAGUUAAAAUUCGACCUCCGUUAUCGCUUUUUCCGACAAACUAAAUCAAUUGAGGUGACUAUGACAAUCAAAAAAUACAUGCGGUUUGUUAGAACACUGUUAAAUUCAGAUUCCGAAUGGAAUUUAUGUCCCAAUUCACUAUGUGUGAGAAUAAUCUUCAAUGCAACUGAUAAGUACCUGCACAACAUUUUAGCUCACGACAACGUUGAUGAAGAGGUUCCAGGCGAUUUUCUGAUCUAUUGGAUAAAGAGAGUUUUUGGUCUACAUUUAUUAAAAUCCUUUAGUUUGUAUUUUUUUGCACUAAAUACUCAAAUAACUCAACUUCUCUUAUUAUUAUACUAUAUGCCAGGUUUGAUUCUGCUCGACUUAAGUUGUGGCAAAUUAGAUAUUUUGAAAAUACCAGACAUGAUAUGGCCUAAAAGACGACCUUUGAAUAUUCAACUCAAAGUUAGUCUCAAUCAUUACUUUUACCUGCAGUCUCGGCAGAAAAUUUUAAAACAUUGGAGGGUUUCAAUUAUGGAUGACCAUGUGUCAUUGAAUUAUGAUGGGAACGGGCCACCGCAAAACACGCUUUUGAGGAUAUUGAUGUCUCCCAAGUAUCUGCACUUGAAACGUCAGUUCAAGGCUCGGAGUCGCAAAAUCCUAAAAUUAUGA